UCCCCUGCCACCCUCGCUCCCACUUCUCUCCCUGCGGCUGUGCACCUGUCCAUGCUGAGAGGGAGAGUCCCUGCCAGCCUCAUGUCUUCAGUUGUAGCCCCAGAGAAACCCUCGUCCAACACCAUGGGCCCCAAAGAGGUGGAGCUGAUCCUGGUGAAGGAACAGAACGGAGUUCAGUUUACCUCGAGCACCUUGGUGACCCCGACCCAGACCCAGACCAACCCCAGCGGGGAGGAGGAGAGGGAGACCUGGGGGAAGAAAAUUGACUUCCUCUUGUCUGUGAUUGGUUUUGCCGUGGACCUGGCCAACGUCUGGAGGUUCCCCUACCUCUGCUACAAGAACGGAGGAGGAGCAUUCCUGGUGCCGUACCUGUUCUUCAUGGUGAUAGCAGGCAUGCCUCUCUUCUACAUGGAGCUGGCCCUGGGGCAGUACAACAGAGAGGGGGCAGCAGGGGUCUGGAAGAUAUGUCCCAUAUUCAAAGGUGUAGGCUUCACAGUGAUCCUCAUCUCCCUCUACGUUGGCUUUUACUACAAUGUCAUCAUCUCCUGGGCCCUGUUCUACCUCUUCUCCUCGUUCACCAGCGAGCUGCCCUGGGUCCACUGCAACAACACGUGGAACAGCCCCAACUGCUCCGACUGGGCCGACAACAGCACGGUCAACGACAUACACAAGGCCACUCCUGCCCAGGAGUACUUUGAACGAGGGGUGCUCCAUAUCCAGGACAGCGGAGGUAUUGAUGACCUGGGCCGUCCACGCUGGCAGCUGACCUCCUGUCUGGCUGUUGUAAUUGUUCUGCUCUACUUCAGUCUCUGGAAGGGAGUCAAGACGUCCGGAAAGGUUGUGUGGAUCACAGCCACCAUGCCCUAUGUGGUCCUGACUGUGCUGCUGCUCCGGGGAGUCACUCUGCCCGGAGCCAUUGACGGCAUUAAGGCCUACCUUUCUGUCGACUUCCUAAGACUCUGCGAUGCCAAGGUCUGGAUCGAGGCUGCCACGCAGAUCUGCUUCUCACUGGGAGUGGGGUUUGGUGUGCUUAUCGCCUUCUCCAGCUACAACAAAUUCAGCAACAACUGCUACAGAGAUGCCAUCAUCACCAGCUCCAUCAACUCUUUGACCAGUUUCUUCUCUGGGUUUGUGGUCUUCUCCUUCCUCGGCUACAUGUCCCACAAACACAACGUGGCUCUGGACAAGGUCGCCAGAGACGGUGCUGGAUUGGUGUUUGUCAUUUACCCAGAAGCCAUUGCAACAUUACCUGGGUCAUCAGUGUGGGCAGUUAUCUUCUUCAUCAUGUUACUGACACUGGGUAUUGACAGCGCUAUGGGGGGAAUGGAGUCGGUGAUCACAGGGCUGAUAGAUGAGUUCAAAUUCCUCCACAAGCAUCGAGAACUCUUCACCCUCUUCAUCGUCGUUGCCACUUUCCUCAUAUCCCUCUUCUGCGUUACUAAUGGUGGGAUGUAUGUGUUUACUCUGCUGGACCACUUUGCAGCAGGAACAUCGAUUCUAUUUGGAGUGCUCAUUGAGGCCAUCGGCAUUGCAUGGUUCUAUGGGGUGGACCGUUUCAGUGAUGACAUCGAGGAGAUGAUUGGCCAGCGACCAGGCAUGUACUGGAGGCUGUGCUGGAAGUUUGUCAGCCCCUGCUUCCUCCUGUUCAUGGUGGUGGUGAGCUUUGCCACAUUCAACCCCCCUAACUACGGCUCCUACAUGUUUCCUAUGUGGGCCAACAUGGUGGGAUGGUGCCUGGCCAUCUCAUCCAUGACCAUGGUCCCUCUCUACGCCAUCUACAAACUCUGCACUCUGCCGGGAAAAUUCUGCGACAGACUGGCUUAUGCCAUCACCCCAGAGACAGAGCAUCACUUGGUAGACAAUGGGGAAGUUCGGCAGUUCACGCUGCAUCACUGGUUGGUGGUCUGAAAACUGCAGCAAGAGAGAGGGAGCGAGAGGGGGAAAGAGAGAGAGAUGACGAUAAUGACAGAGACGACGACUGUGAGGAUGAUGAUGGCAGCGGGAGAUGUUUAAAAAGUGCCGACAUGAAGCCGUACAAAUUGUAGUGUUCUUUAAUUUCAUCAGUGGAUGUGUGAAGCUGUGCUGUGACCCUCUUCACCAAGGUGUUGACACAGGCGGAUGGAAUUGAGUCACACAGGUACCUAAUGUGGUGUUCAACCUGUUAUUCCCAAAAAUACAAAGCUCUUCAUCAGACGCAGGCCAUGCAACAUUUUUUUUUUCUUUUCUGAACAAAGCACUGUGUCAAAGUUCCACAGUUGAAAAAGAGCGUGGUAAUAUUUUUAGCAUUAUUCAUUGAAAACAAUGAGUACAAGCUAAAGGCUAAUGAAGUGCACAAUCCCCCUGCAUUAUCUAAAGUGUGUAGCGAUGCAAAGUAAAACAAUAGGAUUGAAAACAUCUUAAGAUCAGAGGAUCAGAUGGGUAUGAAGAUGAAAACUGAUAUUGUUACUGUAGGUGCCAGGAUGAAGAUGUUUACGUGCUACUGUGCAGAGGAGAAAAGUUUGUUUCUAAAUGCAUUAUAUCUAAAACAGAGUAACAUAAAAAGUAAUCUAUUUAUCCAAAAAGCAGGAAAUCCAACAUGUGUUGCCAUUUUG